AUGUGUCUCGUCAGCGUAAAGGAAGACCACGACGACUAUGCAGUCCCAGCUCGUGUCGUGCGGCGAGAUCGACGCAGAUCUCCCCCUCGCACCACCAGAGUCUCACGCGCAUACUAUGAGGAGCCCCCACGACCCCAGGAGCGGACGUAUAUCAUUCAACAGCCUCCUCAACCUCCUCCGCCAGUCAUAGCGUAUUCCCCGCCAUUCGAGCAGCACGACCACCAUGAUCACCACAGCCACUACGAUGCCCCUCCGCCCCCACCACCCGCUCCAGCUUCAGAAAGCCACUCACACAUCGGUCCCCAAUACGUCGAAGUAACGCCAUCCUCUCGCUCCAGCAGUAGCAGCAGCAGCUCAAGCGACGACGGAAGAUCAAAAACAACUUCCCGCUCCAGAGCCACUGGUCCUCGCAGUGAAUACCAUCUUCGCGAAAAGGAACAUAUCCGUGAGCGUAGAAGUCAUGAUCGUCCACCCCGCAAGGAUGAAUACGAUACAUAUCGCUAUGUGCAACCUCCACGCGGUAGUGGGAAUCUUGGUCCUAGGAGUAGCCAGAUCGAUGACCCCCGCGCGAGUUACUCGAGCUAUAACAGGCGGGAUAUAGUGGUGGAGGGCGGCAGAGAACGAGAGUACCGUCGUUGA